UUUCCUAACUUACUGCUAUCCAUGUUUCCAAACAGUACUAUUUUUUAACUACUAUCCAUAUUGCCAAACAAUCUCAAUGUGUACUUCAACUUUAAUAAUAUAGAUAUAUGCAACACCAGAAUAAUAAUAAAACAACUAUACUUUGAGAAAAUUAUGAUGCGGCAUGAAAAAAGUAAACAAAAUAUUACACAAAUGGUCAAACCUUAAGCUAUGGGUGUCUUAGUAAAAAUCCGUUUCUGGUCCAGUUUCAGAAUUUACAAUAUAAUUAUAUAUUGCGAAUUGAGUUUUGGAUUGUACGUAGUACUGUAAUCAGAAAUAGUUAAUCAGAAGUAUUUUCUUACGCAUAAAUGUUUUUAAUUGGUGUAUGUGUAUAGAUGUUUUGUUCGAUUAAGAUUUAUAUGAAUAUCUAAAAUGUACAAUAGGAUUUUUUUCUAUCUAUUUUAGCUUUUAGAUCUAUUUGCCAGGUAAUUGUUGGUUUUAAUUGUACAUCUCUAGUAUAGCCCGAUAAUUAAGAUUUCAAAAUUGUGAUUUCAUUUUCUAAUCAUUUAACAUAUCCAUCAAAGCUUUACAAUUUCUAUUUUAAUAAAGUAAUAUCGAUAUAUCAUGAGGACAAGGUAAAAACACUAUAGUAAAAAUGAAAUAUUUUUAACUAAAAGAAUUUUUAGCAUUUUAUAAUUAAUUUAAAAAGAAAAGCAAGCCCAAGUUAUAAUAUUUUUUGCUAUCAUAUAAUACUGAUAUUGUAUAUACAAACCUAUUAUUAUGUGGUUUACUGGUUUUUAUUAAAACCCCUCAUUUACUAAAAUACUGAAAUAAACUGUUAGCUAAUGAAUAUCAUACAUGAAAAUACUGAAAUAACCCGUUAGCUAGUGAAUAAUAUUGUAUUAAUUAAGAUCCUAUAUUUUUUUUUAAUUUAUGUAGUCUUUUGUGUUUGAAGUCAUUCAAAAACGAUUUAAAUAGGAAAAUAUAUGAUAAAUCAUGAUUAAAAUAUCACACAAUCAUUGUUAUUUAUUAAAUGAUAUAUUUUUGUCAGAAUUAAUUGUGAAAUCAAAUAAGGGCAUAAAUUCUAUGUAAUGUAUGUAUGUGUGUGUAUGGGACGUAUCUAAUGAAAUCUGGACACAAUCUGAUCCAGCGAUGCAAUAGUUACUGAUCUUUAAAACAAACCAAAAAAGUUGUUUUUUCUUUCUUAAAAUAUAAAAUAAAAAUCUUAUAAAAAAAAAGUCUUAUAAAGAAGAGAUCACCAUUGGACAUCUCUUUGAUUCCUCAGCUCAAAGCUAACCAAACCAACCCCACAGGUACACACACAUACACACAUAUUGUUGGGUCUCUCUCUCUCUACCAAUCUUGUCUCUCUCUAGGUAUUGAUUAUCAGUUGCUUCGGUGUAUAAAUCAAGAAAUGGGUAGUAGUUUCUUUGGGAGACCAAAAAUGGGUGGAUCUUCGUCUUCCUCACCAACAUCUUCUCCGGCAAAGAGAGGGAAGAACAAGAAUGGUUCUGACAAGCCUAAGCAGCCACAGAGAGGUCUCGGGGUGGCGCAGUUAGAGAAGAUUAGAUUACACAGCGAAUUAAACUGCAAGAGUUUCAAUACUUAUCCUUCUUAUCAUCCCUCAACUAAUAAUGAUCAGAUGAAUGCAAGUAAUGAUCUAUACGAGAGAACACCCAUAAGAUACAGAGAUGCUCAGCCUCACAUAGCAACAAGUUGGAACCCCAACUACGGCAUCUUGGAGAGCCAACAUUUUGUUGAACCUAACAUAACCAGACACUUUUUACAUGAGGACCAGAGAAAUAAAUUGGGAUCGGGUAUCCAGAUGAACUUCGAAACAAGUGACGCAACUGAGCCAGAUUUGGAGUUGAGAUUGUCACUUUGAGUAAUGUAUGAACUCAUGUUAUUUUCAAUGAGGCCAUGGAUUUGUUAUACACUCAAAGCAACUUAGAAAGAAAUAAUAUGUAACUUAGGUCAUCAUUUGAUUUCAUUUGAUUUUUGGGAAUCAGAUUUUGAUAUCAUGAUGCUAUGUUUUCUAAAGAGUAUGUUUGUAAAUCAACAUAAGUUUCAAAUACAAAUCAAAGCAGUUAUAAAGUCA